AUGGCCCCUCCGCAAUACAUUAUCAACGCUCAUAUUUUUGGCGAGACCUAUGACAACGAAGAAGUUGGUUUUCUGUUUAGAAACACUGAGGUUAAACGAUUUUGUUUAAGCAGAAAAGCAAAUUUCAGUUACUUCAAAGGGAGAUUAGAGACGAAGCUUGCAAUGGGUGGUGUAUCCCAGAUUUUUUACCAAUAUCGAUUUCUUCGUGGAGACAACCCGGUCAAGUUUAUCCAAGUUGAGAUCAAAGACGAUGAAGACAUGCAGAAUAUGUUUGCCAAUCAUGAGUAUUCUGGUUACGAAUGCAUAGAACUGUAUGUUACUCUACCAGAAGUUCAAACCACACAAAUGGUUGAGUCACAAGUCAUUGAUGCACUUGGAGACGAGCAAGCAGAGGUCGACGUUGUAGAUGAAGAAGAAGAAGCACCGGAAAUAGAAGUUGAUAACCUGGUAAACGAGGAAAGUGAAGAUGAACCGGAAGUUGUUGUACCACGAGAUCAAGUGCAUAUGCCUCCAGUGCACAUGAGGAACCUGAAUUUUGAUGGGGAUGACGAACCAUCGACUGAUAUUUUCUAUGAUCCAUACACCCAAACAGAUCAACGGUUAAAAGUAGGAGACAGAUUUCGUUCUAAGGAGGCAUGUAUCAUGGCCAUAAAAAGAUUUCAUAUGGCAAACAAUGUUGAUUUUAGAGUUGAUCGCGCCAAUGUCGAAAGGUACAAAAUUUACUGUAGUAACACUGAUUGUGGAUUCAGGUUGCAUGCAUCAUACAGGAAGAGAAGUGACUCAUGGGUUAUAGGAUAUAUUUCCCAAGAUCACACAUGUAUUAACACAAAUGUUUCACAAGAUCACCGUAAGCUCAGUUAUGACAUCAUUUGUCAAGAAAUCUUGCCUCUAGUUGAAAAAGAUCCAUCGUUAAAGGUGAAAACGAUAAUCUCUCAUAUCGUUGCAACGUACAACUACACUCCGUCUUAUAGAAAGGCGUGGCUGGCGAAGACCAAGGCGAUCGAAGUUGUGUAUGGAAAUUGGGAGGAUUCGUAUAAACGACUCCCACAUUUCUUAUAUGCGCUUCAAAUUUAUGCUCCUGGAACUGUUACUAUUUUAGAGACCCUUCCGGCGCAAUCUCCAGACGGAACAUCACUUCAAGGAAAUCAAAUCAAGCCAAAGUAA